AAAAUUAGAGAAGCAAUAACUUAUAUUUCAGAAUCAUGGAAUGAAGUUGAAACAUCAACAAUUGUGAAGUGCUGGGUGAAAACUGGAGUUCUUCUGGUAUUUUCUGAUGACAAAAUUGAAGAUUUUACUCUUGCUCUGCAAGAUUUAGCAGAUUUUGAAAAGGAUGAAAAUGAUGAAUUGAUCAUUGACCUAACAAGAUUAUCGGACCCGACAAUUGAAUGA